AUGGAGGCCAUCAAAAAGAAGAUGCUUAUGCUAAAGUUGGACAAGGAGAAUGCACUGGACCAGGCUGAACAAGCUGAGGCAGACAAGAAAGCAGCUGAAGAGAGAAGCAAACAGCAUGAAGAUGAAAUUCUGCAAAUGCAAAAGAAGCUGAAGGGGACGGAGGACGAGCUUGACAAAUAUUCUGAGGCCCUGAAGGAUGCCCAGGAGAAGCUUGAGGUUGCCGAUAAGAAGGCUGCUGACGCUGAAGCAGAAGUAGCUUCCUUAAACAGACGUAUCCAACUUGUGGAGGAAGAAUUGGACCGAGCUCAGGAGAGACUGGCAACGGCUCUUCAGAAGCUGGAGGAGGCUGAGAAGGCUGCUGAUGAGAGCGAGAGAGGCAUGAAGGUGAUUGAGAACAGGGCUUUGAAAGAUGAGGAGAAGAUGGAGCUCCAGGAGAUCCAGCUGAAGGAGGCUAAACACAUUGCAGAAGAGGCUGACCGCAAGUAUGAGGAGGUGGCUCGUAAGCUGGUGAUUGUAGAAGGAGAGCUGGAGCGUACAGAGGAGAGGGCAGAGCUGGCUGAGGCUAAAUGUGCUGAACUGGAGGAGGAAUUGAAGAAUGUCACCAAUAAUCUGAAGUCUCUGGAGGCCCAGGCUGAGAAGUACUCUCAAAAGGAGGACAAAUAUGAGGAAGAGAUCAAGAUCCUGACUGACAAGCUGAAAGAGGCUGAGACCCGAGCUGAGUUUGCUGAGAGAUCUGUGGCCAAGCUGGAGAAGACUAUUGAUGAUCUGGAAGAUGAGCUUUAUGCGCAGAAGCUAAAGUACAAAGCCAUCAGUGAGGAACUGGACCACGCCCUAAAUGACAUGACCUCUAUGUAA